ACCGUAGGCUAGCCAGCCUGGGUUUGGUCCUCGCCCUAAGAAGGGUCCGCACAUCACCUCCCCGCCGAGCUGCCAUCGUCCCAUCUGUGAAUCGGGUCCGUGUACACCCAAGCCAACCUAGCCUGCCUACUUCUGACUAACCAGAGAGCAGGAUAUCGCCUUGACUCUGCCUCCCGAUCGACAGUUAUCUUACCCAAUCCCCCCUCCUUGCUUUGGCGUCUAAUGACUGACAAAUAUCUUGACCAAUGAUCUGUUAAAAUCUUUUCGAUAGACGUUAAUGUCCACCUUUCGCAGUUGAAGCGGUUCUUGAUUUACAUCUGUCUAGCCUAUGGAAAGUAAGAGUGAUUUUGAUUGAUGGCUUUUUUCUUCUAACGGCAACAGAGCACUGCGGGAAAUUUCCCCAGUGGAAGGAGAAUAGGGCGGGCGUGGCAGCCCCGGCCACCAAUGACUUGCGGGUGGGCGGAGCAGCGCGUCCAAUGCGGCCGGGAGGCGGGGCUCGGCAGCUGCCGUUACCGUCUGUCGCAGGAGGCAGCAGCGGGCUGGUGGUGGGAGUGUGAGGUGAGAGUGGGACGUGGAGCUGCUGUCAUGAGCUACUCAGGUUAUGGCAACUGGAACUCUGGGACAAACAGAGGAUACGAGGGAUAUAGUUACGGCUAUGGAUACGGUCAAGAUAACUCUGGCAAUUAUGGGUAUGGUAUGGCCACUUCAAACGCUUGGGAAAUGCCUAAUUCAGACACAGACCCUAACGCUUCCACUGGCGCUGAUGCUGUUAUAGCAAAAAUGAACCAGCGCUUAGAUAUGGUGUCUCAUCUAGAAACGGACACAAUGCAAGGAGGACAUUAUGGCUCAGGUGGAGACAGGUAUAAUACAUAUGAGUCCUACGACUCAAGGUCUUCACUGAACGACCGUGAUCUAUACAGAUCUGGCUAUGAUUACAGUGAAGCUGAACAUGACACCGAAAAUGCCUAUGAAGGUUGCUAUGACAGCUUCUAUGGGAACCACAGGGACCAGUACCAGAACAGAGCACGGGACAACUUUGGCCAGCGGGGUCAGAACUGGGCCAGAGACGGGCGAAAUAACAGACCCAUGGCAUCUUCAUAUUCCGGGCACAUGGGCGGACAGUGGAAUGAGCUGCCACAGCCAAUGGGAGGACGGGGCCAUGGCCCUCACGGCUCCUCUAGGCUCCCAUCCCUCUUCUCCCACAACAUUAUCCCAGAACUCAGCAUGUUCCAGGGAAUGCGAGGUUUCUCUGGAAACAUGCGCUUUGGAGGAGGCGGCAUGAAACAACGAAUGAGGAGAAACUGGAAAAUGUGGGACGCAGACUUUAAAUCACAGAAAAAGAAAAUCAAGAAGGACCCUACCUCUAAGAAGAGAAAACAAACUGACAGCACUGAUGAACCUGAUAGCAAGGCAGCAAAAACUGAUGGCUCUGACAACUCCGACUCUGAGAAUGAGGAAGGGACUGAAGGAGAAGCAGCAGAGAAGGAGGGCUCCAAAGCUGAGGGUGAAGAUGAAGAAGGAAAAGAUUCUGAGAAAGGUGCUUUAACAAUUCAAGAAGAGAUCAGUCAAAUCAAGCGCAAAUUGCAGGCAGGCAAGAAAACUCAAGAGAGGCAGAAAAAGAGGCAUCGGGAUCGCAUGGUAGAAAGGAUUCAGUUUGUUUGUUCACUGUGCAAAUAUCGGACCUUCUAUGAGGAUGAGAUGAAUGUUCAUCUGGAAAGCAAAUUCCACAAGGAGCAUUUCAAAUUUGUUGGAACAAAACUGCCACAGCAGACAGCUGAUUUCCUCCAGGAUUAUGUUGCUAACAAAACAAAGAAAACUGAAGAACGCCGUAAAGCAAUUGAAGACAUUAAUGCAGUUAUUCAACAGAUCUAUAAAGACCAAGAUCUUACCCAAGAUAUUGGCAUGGAACACUUUAUUAAAAAGGUGGAGGCUGCUCACUGUGCUGCAUGUGACCUCUUCAUCCCAAUGCAGUAUGGAAUUAUCCAGAAGCACCUGAAGUCCCUUGACCACAACCACAACCGCAGAGCCAUGAUGGAGCAGUCCAAGAAAUCAUCUUUAGUAGUUGCAAGAAGUAUUCUCAAUAACAAACUAAUCAGCAAGAAAUUGGAGCGGUAUUUGAAGGGUGAGAAUCCCUUCACAGAUGAUCCAGAAGAGAAAGAGGAGCAUGAGGAAGGAGAGAGUGGAACAAGUCGAAAUGCUGAAGGAGCAGAUGGAAACAAAAUUGAUGAAGAAAACCAAGAUGAAGAAAAUAAAGAUGAGGAAAGCCAAGACCACGAGGAGAACCCAGAAGCAACUGAGAAUCAUGGGGAGCAAGAGGAGAUUCAGGCAGAGGCACAGGCAGAAGUAGAAGCAGGCUACACAGAGGAGAAGAAUUCACAAGUUGCAGAGGAAACCCUCACUGCUGAGGAGGAAGAGCAACUGCUGGAAGGAAGUGAGGAAGAAAGCAAAGGAGUUACUGCAGCAGAAGAGGAUGAGCCCUUGGAGUAGACUCUGGAUGAGAAAGCUGACCUGUUUAAGACCCAGCAUUAAGUUUUUUAAAGCAUAACUAUCUGUGAAACUUCAUAGUAUGUUUUUGGUUAUCAUUCUACUAAACUUUCACCUAGUUAUGGCAGUUGAAAGCCUCUAUCUGUAAAGUGUUUUUGGAAAUAGAUUUUUUUUACCAAACCUUCAUUUUAGUAGCUAGGUUUUGUGCAGUCCAAGUUUUUAGAUGGCUUUGUACUAGAAGAAUUUCCUUUUGAGCAUGUGUACAAAACAAAUUGUGCCUAAUGCACUACGUACUAAAUCACAAUCCGGCAGAUUAAACCUCUUACUAUUGUUCCUGUAAAACUUUUAUAUAUUUAAAAAGAGUGGGUUGUCCUUUAGCCAGCCUUCCUGGAAGCAAAAGGAGUCUCAAAUCCAGGGUUUAAAAAUCUACAGUGUAUGCUGUAAAAUUCUGCAUAAUUUCCAUGUGACUGUAGUACUCUUCCCAAUGUUUUACUCUUCCUUUUUAAUGCAAAGCAAAAAUAAGUGGUGUCAACAUUGUAUUGUUUGUAAAAUGCUUUCACUUAAAGGUGAAUGUUUUCGGUGGGUGGAGAUAAAGCACUACACUGAUAUUA